UAUGGACACAGCUGAUCAGUUGCCAUUUGAUAAAUCUUAAAUUUUUUACAAAAUGUAGUAGUUUACGUUUUAAACGCGAUUAGCGAUGAAAAAAAUUAAACCUGUCGUUAAUUUGAUUCGCCUUGGACAGCACAAUUAUAAUUCUGGAUUGAGGAUACAAAAACAAUUGAGUACUCAAAAUGCUGAAGAUUGGGAAAACUUUCGUAAUUAUCUUAUUCUGCAGCAACACAAUCCUGUUUAUACUAUAGGAAUACGAACAAAGAAUUACACCGAAGAAGAUGAACGACGUUUACGCAAGCUGGGAGCUGAAUUCUAUCGUACAAAUCGUGGCGGUUUAAUCACAUUUCAUGGACCCGGUCAGUUGGUCGCAUAUCCUAUAAUUCACUUGCGUCAAUUCCAACCAAAAAUGCGGUGGUAUGUUGCAACACUGGAGCAGACUGUUAUUGCAACUUGUAGUAACAUGGGCGUUUUGCAGGCAACUGCGACAUCAGAUACAGGCAUAUGGGUGGGGAAUAACAAGAUUUGUGCUAUAGGCGUACAUGGCUCCCGAUAUGUUACCACUCAUGGUAUUGGCCUUAAUUGUUGUACAGAUUUACAUUGGUUCGACCAUAUUGUGCCUUGUGGUAUUGAAGGAAAGGGAGUAACUUCAUUGAGUCGGGAACUGAAACGGCAUGUAGGCGUAGAGGAAGCCUCAAAUGUAUUUGUUAAGUGUUUCUCUGAACAUUUCGGAUGCCAAAUAAAUUGUAAAGCUUAAA